ACUACCACAGCUGUUCGUCGCACCGGUGAGGAUCUGUAACGUCCCGAUAAAAGCCAAAAGCCGUUUUAGUAUAAUAAUAAUAAUAUUAUAUUAUUAUAAGAUAGAAGGCCGCGUGUCGGCGACGGACGAAUGCGCCUCGUCGUCACUGUGCGACAGUAAUCGCAGUACAAUAAUUGUAAUUAAUGUUCAAUACUAUAUACACAUAUAUUAUAUUAAAUACUAUAUAAAUACUCAGUUAUGUGACGCACCAUAUCUUACCGUAAUAAUCGUGUAAAAAUAACAAACUGUUAAUAGCUGCAAUCAUAAUAUAUUGUUAUCAUAUUAUAAUCGCAAGCCAUAUUUUACCUAAUAUAUUGUACCGCGCGUGUGACCAUCAUGGACCAAGACGAACAGUGUCUGGCGCCGCAGCUGUGCAUCCGUUGCCUGUCGUCGUACGACCGUGGCCGACAAGUCGCGGUCGUGUCCAACUCGGACGCGUGCACGUGCCCCGACGACGAGACGUGUCCGCACAACAAGAAGACCGCCGCGCUGCAGCUGUUGGUCCUCAGGAAAAAAAAGAUAAGUUUGCAGCAUCAGCAGACGUCGUCGACGACGAACAACGAAUCAAACAAGACCAUCGGCCGUGGUGUACUGCAGGAAUCGGACGAAGACGACGACGACGACGACUGUUCCUCUUCGUCGUCGUCAUCAAGUAGCACUUCAUCAUGCAGCAGUGGCGACACUACUACGUCAGAAUCCGAAGACGGUGGGUCGCGGAUUACCUGCGCGUCUGCUAGUUCGUCACAAUAACACAGAUUUGUUGUAAUAAUUUGCUUUUCUUCUUGCUGUUGUUGCUGCUGCUACUACUACCGCCGCUGCUACUUCUACCUCCACUGCUACUACUGCUGCUGCUGCUGCUGCUGCUACUGCUGCCACUGACACUAUCGUCGCUGCUGCUGCUGCUGCUGCUGCUACUACUGCUUUUGCUGUUGCUGCCACUGCUGUCGCUGCUGGAAGAACCGUCACUGUCGCUUUCUGAGUCUGAAGAGUUUACAUUUUUCUUUUUCCGUUUCGCGUCUUUCACUUUUUUCUUCGAUUUCUCCUCUUUUGCGGGCCUUAAAAGAUAUCGUUAUUCGGUUAGACAACAUAUAAUGUAUAUAUACCACGGUUGUGUAGCCAAGAGGACUGCUGAGGGGGCUGCACCCUCUCAGAAAUCUUAGAAAAAUUUUAAAAAUAUCCACAUUGUUUUGUAAACGUAUUAAAUAAGACGUAAUCAUGUAUUAAUGUUGUUAUAUGUAUAAAUAUUAAAAGUUUGAAAUGUUA